AGACACUGGGACACAGCGGGUCGCGGCGCGGCGUGUCGCUCUCGGACGGAGUAAAAGUGCUUUCGCGGCCCGAAGACGGACUAAAAAGUUGCUUUUCGACCUUUUUAACUCGAGCACGGCCGGAACCAUGGAGUCUGGGCUGCGCAGCUGAAGCGAGUCCGGCCCUGAGAUGGAGCUUUUAUUCGUGCAGCUGCUGCUGAGCUGCGGUGUGCCUCUGCUGCGCGGUUCUCCUCUGCUGCUGUUCGCUAACCGGCGUGAUGUACGGCUGGUGGAUGCUGAAGCAGGUCGUGCUGAGUCAGCAGUGGUGGUCAGCGACCUGGAGGAUGCAGCCGCUGUCGACUUUCUGUUCUCCGAGGGGCUAAUUUUCUGGACUGACGUCAGCGAGGAGGCCAUCAAACAAACCUACUACAACCAAACUACUAACUCGGUGAAGGAGGCGACGCUGGGAUGUGGUCAGACGGUGGUGGUGUCUGGGUUGGACUCACCGGACGGGCUGGCCUGUGAUUGGCUUGGCCGGAAGCUGUACUGGACGGACUCGGAGACGAACCGCAUCGAAGUGGCCAAUCUGGACGGAACCUCUCGGAAGGUUCUGUUCUGGCAGGAUCUGGACCAACCAAGAGCCAUCGCAUUGAACCCACAGCAGAGGUAUAUGUACUGGACAGACUGGGGUGAGGAGCCGCGGAUAGAGCGAGCGGGAAUGGACGGCAGCAGCCGGAAAGUCAUAGUGGAGGAGGAGAUUUACUGGCCAAACGGACUGACCAUCGACCUGACGGAGCAGAAACUGUACUGGGCCGAUGCCAAACUCAGCUUCAUCCACAGAGCCAACCUGGACGGGACAGCGCGAGAGACGGUGGUGGAGGGCACGCUGACCCACCCGUUUGCGCUCACGCUGUUUGAGGAGACGCUGUACUGGACGGACUGGCAGACGCGCUCCAUACACGCCUGCAACAAACACACUGGAGACAACCGGAGAGAGAUCCUGAAUGCCAUCUACUCACCGAUGGACAUCCAGGUGUUGGACCAGGAGAGGCAGCCCUACAUCCACACUCCCUGCAGUGACAGUAAUGGCGGAUGUUCUCACCUGUGCCUGCUCUCUCCGUCUCCGCCCUUCUACAGCUGUGCCUGCCCAACCGGCGUCAAACUCCGUGAGGACGGCAAAACUUGCAGACCAGGAGCAGAACAGGUGCUGCUUCUAGCGCGCCGGACGGACCUGCGGCGGAUCUCUCUGGACUUGCCGGACUUCACGGACAUCGUCCUGCAGGUCAGCGACAUCCGCCACGCCAUCGCGAUCGAUUACGACCCGGUGGAAGGUUUUGUUUACUGGACAGACGACGAGGUCAGGGCGAUCCGGAGAGCUCGGCUGGACGGCAGUGAUGCCCAGACACUCAUCACCACGGAAAUAAACCACCCGGACGGCAUCGCCGUGGACUGGGUGGCGCGAAACCUGUACUGGACCGACACCGGGACCGACCGCAUCGAGGUCACGCGGCUCAACGGCACGUUUAGACGCAUCCUCAUAUCGGAGAGGCUCAGCGAGCCCAGGGCCAUAGUGCUCGACCCCAUUCAUGGCUACAUGUACUGGACCGACUGGGGGGAGAAGCCGAAGAUUGAGCGCGCAAACCUGGAUGGUUCGGACCGCAUGGUUCUGGUGAACUCGUCUCUGGGCUGGCCCAAUGGAUUAGCACUGGAUUACGCUACAGGAAAGCUGUACUGGGGAGACGCCAAAACAGACAAGAUCGAGGUGAUAGAUGUGGACGGUUCUAACAGAAUGGUUCUGCUGGAGGAUAAACUGCCUCAUAUCUUCGGCUUCACUCUGCUGGGUGAUUAUAUCUAUUGGAGUGACUGGCAGCGCCGGAGCAUCGAGAGGGUCCACACCACCAAGGCCGUGCGAGAGGUCAUUGUAGAGCAGCUCCCUGACCUCAUGGGCCUCAAGGCCACCAAAGUCAUCGAAACAUUCGGGACUAACGGCUGCGCGGACUCUAACGGUGGCUGCAGUCACCUGUGCUUCUUCGGGCCGCGCGGCGUGUCGUGCGCCUGCCCCAUGGGGCUGGAGCUGCUGAGUGAUCUGCGCACCUGCGUGGUUCCUGAAGCCUUCCUGCUCUUCACCAACCGAGCCGAGAUCCGCAGCAUCUCCCUGGGAACCAACAGCAACGACGUGGCCAUCCCGCUCACUGGCGUCAAGGAGGCAUCCGCUCUGGACUUUGAUGUGGCCGAGAACAGGAUCUUUUGGACAGACGUUAGCACCAAGACCAUUAGCAGGGCGUUUAUGAAUGGCAGCGGAGUGGAGGCUGUGAUCGAGUUUGGGCUGGACUAUCCUGAGGGCAUGGCAGUGGACUGGAUGGGCAGAAACAUCUACUGGGCCGACACUGGCACCAACCGGAUCGAGGUGGCGCGGCUAGACGGGCAGUACCGGCAGGUUCUGGUGUGCAAAGACCUGGACAACCCACGCUCGCUCGCUUUAGACCCAUCAAACGGGUACAUGUAUUGGACAGAGUGGGGGGGGCGGCCACGGAUCGCCCGAGCUCACAUGGACGGCACUAACAUAGUCACUCUGGUGGACAAAGUGGGCCGAGCUAACGGCUUGACCAUCGACUACGCUGACCAGCGCCUCUACUGGACCGACCUGGACACCUGCAUGAUUGAGUCCACCAACAUGCAGGGCCUGCAGAGGGAGAUAGUUACCGAUGACCUUCCUCACCCGUUCGGCCUGACUCAGUACCGCGACUACAUCUACUGGACGGACUGGACGCUGCGCAGUAUCGAGCGUGCAGACAAGCGCAGCGGCCUGAACCGGACGGUGGUGCAGGGGCAGCUGGAGUACGUCAUGGACAUCCUGGUGUUCCACUCGUCUCGGCAGGACGGUUCUAAUGAGUGUUCCCACAGUAACGGGCACUGCGCCCACCUGUGCCUGGCAUCGCCGUCCGGGGCACAGUGUCGCUGCGCCUCUCACUACACGCUCGACCCAAACGGACGAAACUGCAGCUCUCCCUCCAGUUUUCUGUUGUUCAGUCAGCGGAGCUCGAUCAGUCGAAUAGUUCUGGGUGAACAGAGUCCUGAUAUGAUUUUGCCGAUCCACGUGUUGAAGAACCUGAGGGCCAUCAGCUUCGAUCCGCUCGAGCGCCUCAUCUACUGGGUGGACGGGCGGCAGAACAUCCGCCGGGCACGAGAUGACGGCUCUCAGGUGGCAACAGUGGUCUCCCCCAGCCCCAACCAGCAGCUCAAACAGCCUCAUGACCUCAGCCUGGACCCCUUCAGCCGAACCGUAUACUGGACCUGCGAGAACACCAACACCAUCAACAUCCAGCGAAUGGAUGGACAGGCAUUGGGGGAGGUGCUGAAGGAUGACCUGGACAAACCCCGUGCCAUUGUGGUCAACGCAGAGAAAGGGUACAUGUACUUCACCACGCUGCAGGACCGCUCGGCGAAGAUCGAGGGGGCGUCUCUUGAUGGGACGGAGAGGGAGUCGCUCUUCACGACCGGUUUGAUCCGGCCUGUGGCUCUCGCUCUCGACAACAAGCUGGGGAAGCUGUUCUGGGCGGACGCCGACCUCAAACGUAUCGAGAGCAGCGACCUGUCCGGAGCCAAUCGGAUCGUCCUCCAGGACUCUAAUAUCCUGCAGCCAAUCGGUCUGACUGUUCUGGGCGAUCACCUAUACUGGAUCGAUAAACUGCAGCAGACGAUCGAGAGAGUGGACAAACGCUCCGGGGAAAAACGGACGCGGAUCCAGGGACGGAUCCAGUACCCAACUGGCAUCCAUGCCGUGGAGUACAUGGAGCCGGAGGAGUUCGCAUCCCACCCCUGUUCCCGUGACAACGGAGGCUGCUCGCACAUCUGCAUCGCCAAAGGUGACGGGACGCCGCGCUGUUCGUGCCCCAUGCACCUGGUGCUGCUGCAGAACCUGCUCAGCUGCGGAGAGCCACCCACCUGCUCCAGCGAACAGUUCACCUGCGCCACAGGUGACAUCGACUGCAUCCCCAUGGCCUGGCGUUGCGACGGCAUCGCUGAGUGUGCUGACCACAGUGAUGAGAUGAACUGCCCCAUGUGCUCGGAGCUGCAGUUCCAGUGUGAUAAAGGCCAGUGUGUGGACGCUCAGCUGCGCUGCAAUGGUGAACCGGACUGUGCAGACGGCUCAGAUGAACAGGACUGCGACACCAUCUGCAUGCUUAACCAGUUCCGCUGUAGCAACAAUAAGUGCAUCCUGAAGAAGCAGCAGUGUGAUUCAUAUGCCGACUGCAUAGACGGAUCAGACGAGCUCUUCUGUGAUUUCCCGCCUUCACAGAAUGAUCAGCGACACACAAACACCAUUGGCCCCGUCAUCGGCAUCAUCCUGUCCGUCUUCGUGCUGGGUGGGAUGUGUUUUGUGUGCCAGCGUGUAGUGUGUCGGCGCUAUAAAGGGCCAAACGGGGGAUUCCCUCACGAUUACAUCAGUGGGACGCCCCACGUCCCCCUCAACUUCAUCGCUCCCACCAACUCCCAGCACGGCACGUUCACAGGUAUCUCAUGUGGGAAGUCCAUGAUGAGCUCAGUGAGUCUGAUGGGAAGCAGCAGCAGUGGAGCUCCUCUGUAUGACCGCAAUCAUGUGACCGGAGCUUCAUCCAGCAGCUCGUCCAGCACCAAGGCUAACUUCUACCCACAGAUCCUGAAUCCUCCCCCAUCUCCAGCGACGGACCGCUCGCUCUACAACACUGAGAUCUUCUACUCUUCAAACAGCCCCUCCACCACCCGCUCCUACAGGCCAUAUGUGAUGCGCGGCGUGGCUCCGCCCACCACCCCCUGCAGCACGGACGUGUGCGACAGUGACUACACCACCAGCCGCUGGAAAAGCAACAAAUACUACAUGGACCUGAACUCAGACUCUGACCCGUACCCGCCUCCCCCCACACCCCGCAGUCAGUACAUGUCUGCAGAAGAGAGUUGCCCCCCCUCCCCCUCCACAGAGCGCAGCUACUUCCACCUGUGCCCUCCACCACCCUCGCCGUGCACGGACUCGUCCUGACCCCACCUACCCUCGCCAACUGUGGACUCGCCCUGACCCUGCUCCUGCUCCCAGCCACACCCCCCGUCCUGUCCCGGAUGGACUCCGUAACGGCUGGAUUCUGUUUCUGUAACCUCGACAAUGUUCAUAAUCAUACGCAUUCCUACAGACUGCAGUACACUACAGGAAACAUAGGGGGCGAGAUGGCUCCCGUUGCACCACCACUUUGAAGGAUGGCAGCGGGAAAGAGAGAAGAACCGAAGAAGGUGGUUUAAUUGGUUAAUUGUCGAUUUGUUAAUUAAGUAUUUACAUGAUUGUUUGGUGCAGCACCGCAGGGCAGCCAGAGCCGUUGUGCUGCAAAGAAAGGGGAGGGCGGGUGUGACUGCCAACAGACAUACACGUAACAUUAACUUGUGCCCUAGGGGGCAGUGUUGCGUUAAUACGAAAUAACGAGAAUGUACUGAAAGCAAAGAACAAACCUCAAAACGGAAAUCCAUUUCCGAACAUGGGAAAACUUUGGAGUAGAGAGAGAACAGAUAGAACUAAAGUGAUGGUUAUCGCAAGGUAAUUCGUUCACUUUCGUUUUCGGGUUUCCUCCCAAAUCUGACACCACCCUCCUCCACCAAUUAGCAUGACAUCACAGAGUCCCCUAAACCCCUCCUCUACAUCCACAAUGCAUUUGUGAGUGUCUUGGCAGAAGUAUAAAUCAGCCUUUUUAUGUACGAAAAAAGAGAAGGCUACUACGUUUACUUCCACAUUCAACGCAAACAAGCCGAGGGUCUCCUGGAACCCGUGAUCAAGUAUGUAAAGCUCGUUGCAUGGCUGUUUGAAGUCCUUUGUACAGCUUUUAUGCAUGUAACACAUUCAUUUAUGAUUUUAUUUGCUUUCCCUUCGGCUCGUCUAACCACUAUAAGUGAACCAAUAUGUGAACAGCAAGUGGAUUUUUUAAUUUAGUCAUUCAGCGCCACUUAGAAUACAGUGUGAAUCGAAACCUAGACUCUGAGCCUUAGGCGAUUUUAUACAGACCUGCCCAGGCUCCGCCCGCAAAUGUGUUCUUCUGUAGCUGCUGUUGAGGUUGUGAAGUUGAGCUUUACAGAAUGCUGGUAAUCAUCUCAGCUGAAUGAAUAACGACUCUAAAUGUAGGUAUUGUGAUAUAAACCAAGUCUGUUCCACAGUUUCUCAUUAGACUGAAUGAAUAACUGACUCUAAAUGUAGGUAUUGUGAUAUAA